AUGGCCAUAAAAAAGCCCACACCAGAAUUGUUACCUGAAGAUCUCGAUGUGGAGGCUUCUGAAUCGGAACAAGAAACAGAUUCUGAAUCAGAAUCAGAGUCAGAAGGAGAUGAAGAUAUAAAAUUAUCAGAACCUUCAAAAACCUCCAUAUACAACAAAGAAGGUCUACUCGAUAAACUUAAUGACAUCACCUGGCCUGAAGACAUUGACUGGAUCAACAAACUAUCACUCGACAUCCAACAAGAACAGGAAGUAGAUGUAAACGAUGACCUGGCACGUGAGCUGGCAUUCUACACACAAGCACUAGAAGGUACACGUGAAGCCUUUCUGAAAUUCCAAACCAUGGGCCUCCCAUUCCUUCGUCCCUCAGACUACUAUGCUGAAAUGGUGAAAACCGAUUCCCACAUGGAGAAAAUCAAGGGAAGACUUUUAUCUGAAAAGAGAAGGAUGGAAGAAGCUGAAGAAAGAAGAAAGAUGAGGGAUAAUAAAAAGAAGGCUAAAGAAGUACAAGCUGUGAAACAGAAAGAGAGGGUGAAACAGAAGAAAGAUGAGAUUGAAUCUGUUAAGAAAUGGAGGAAACAGAGACAACAAAGUGGGUUUGCUGAGAAGAAAGAUGGUGACAUGGGUUUGCCAUUUGAAGGAGGAAAGGAAUCGGAUACAUUUAAGAAGAAUAAGAGACAAGGGGUGUCACCAUGGGAUAGGUCAGGUGGAAAAGGGAAAGGGAAAGAGCAAAAAGGAGGGAAUGGGAAUGGAAAGAGGAAGAGUAGGGAGUUUAGGGAUUCAAAGUAUGGAUUUGGUGGAAAGAAAGGAAUGAAGAAACAAAACACUGCUGAAACUACUAAUGAUUUUAAAGGGUUUAGAAACAGUGAUUCUGGUCAAAACAAGAAAAGAAAGAAGUUUUAA